AUGUGGAGUAAGAAGAAGCUAGAAGCAUUUGUAAUAUUGAACAUAGUUGCAGCUGUGAUACUUUCUGUCUUGAAAGUUGUGGUACUUGUAAAUUAUAAGGCUGGAGGUUUGUUGAUGCUCGUUUCAAGCUUUGCAAAAAUGAUGAUAUCAUAUCUAAAUAUACAAUCAUUUGAUUUCAAAAUGAAGUACGCAUUUAUUAUUGCAGGUCUGAGCUUCAUCGGAGGAUAUCUGGGUAUGGUCUCAUACUACUAUAAAGCCUCUUCAAUAUCAUACGUCAUUUCCUCCGAUCUUCAAUAUUUAUUCACAGCACUUAUAGCAACAGCCUGGAAUGGCACAAGAUAUUCGUCUACCCAGUGUGUCGGGAUACUGAUGAUUCUGGGAGGGUUCUUUAUCGAGAUAUCCUCUGGAGAAAGAUUUUCCAUCCCAUUCCAUAUGCUCAUUGGAACUCUGUCCGGGCUGUUCAACUCAAUCAGCCUUGCCAUAUUUGAGUCCAAGAUCAAGCCGGCCCUUGUUGAUUUCAGGAGAUUCUGGUGCUAUAUGACAACAUAUACAUUCUUCCUGACCUUCUUCUCCUUGUUUUAUGCUGCAGAAGAAGUGUUCAGUAAAAAGUCCAACUAUGUCAAAAUUAUUUCAUCUCCGAUCAUAUAUAUAGUUUUUCUUAUUGAGGUUCUAACAACAUAUUUGCUAUCGGAGAUUUCUCUAUUCCUGGACACUGUGGAAAGAUCUACCUUGCUUAACGUUGUCACGGGUAUUUCUGCCGUUGUCUCUGAUGUAUAUUUAUCUAGGGAGAUAGAUGUACAGCGCUUCCUAGCGUUUUCCUUUACAGCGAUAGGAGUCCAGAUAUUCAACUUCUUUUGGAAGGAGGCAGUCCAUCCAUUUGGCCAAGCAUGUACAACAUAG